AUGCCCAAAGCGUGCGAGGAAUGUCGGCUUCGGAAAAUUCGCUGCGAGGGCGGAACACCCUGUUGUCGAUGUUUGAAGCGCAACAUGCAGUGUGUGUACCGCUUCAAGGUCCGAAAUCGCCUGAAGAGAUCAAGAAUGAAACCCAGGCCACUGUCAGAGGAGACUAAUCACGUUACAUCUUCGGAGAGCCGAGGAAAUCGCAGUCAUCAAUCCGAGGUCGAGAGCAACCAUGGGUUUCAUGUCCACAGCAUAGCAGCACUCCCACUGCCUUCGUACAGCUUUCAACUGCACUAUGGGCCGUCUUCGAAUUUCUCAAUCAUGCACCUGGUGUAUAGUCAGAUGUGCGGCGCUCAAAAGCCCCUAGGUAGAGACGAAGAGGUGGCCCAAGUCGGCCCUGGGCUAGAACAUUUCGACUACCAAUACCUGUUUUUCGGCGACCUGGCAGACUCAACCAAUUUUAUGCCUUCUGCCGGGGUUUACUUCACUGCGCUUCCAUCGGAAGAGUUGUCCAAAGAACUCCUUGAACGGUAUCUCUCUACUUAUUGGCAUAUGCUCCCCAUUGUCACCAAGGACCUAUUCAGGCAGCGUCUGUCACAAAUGUACUCUUCGCCUGGCCUCUGUCCCUUCGAUUCACUGGAAAGCAUGGUGAUACUUGCUGCGAUUGCGGUGGGUGCAUCCAUGAAGGGGGAGGAGAACAUCGCAAAAGACCUUUUCAACGGGGUGAAGAUAAACGCGAAACGCGCCAAUGAACAUGUGAAUAUUCAGUCUAUCCACUUGGAGCUGAUGCUUGCGCAAUUCCGAAUCGAGAGAUCAAAACCACACUCUGGCUUUAUGCACACGGGAAAUGCGGCGAGAAAAGCAAUUGCAGCGGGUCUCCAUAGGGGAGUCAACGUUCGAAAUAAGCCGGAAGAUGCUGCUCAGCGUAGGCUAGCAUUCUGGUGUACGUACGUUUGGGAAGUCUGGGUUUGCUUCAUUCUUGGACGCCAGACAUCCAUCUCCGAGCUUGGCUGCGAUAUCCCUAUCCCGACCGACGACAAGAUUAUGGCCGCCUUGGUCAAGCUGACGAAAAUUGUGUCCCAUUGCGCUGAUCAAAUUUACAACCGCCGCUACGAUUCUUUGGUACGCAUGUGGGAUGCGGUAAAUGAGAUUCGUGGUCAGCUGCGCAACUUUGCCGAUGAGCAGCGCAAGGAAAUCGGCCUUGAACCAGACAGAGUAUCAUGUACAGGGGAAUCGAGCUUCUGCUUGACAACAAUAGCCGCAAUGUACCAUCAUACUCACUUAUUGCUCUUUCGACCCUUCCUGAUAUUGAGAGCAAAGCUAGAUCUCAUACCGCCUACCCUUAGAACUCCAGCAUUGAUCAAGCUUGACAAGCUUGCAUGGCUGAAGGGCGUGUGUGAGAGCUGUUUAGAUACUGCUCAAAAAUGCGGAACGGUAUACAUGGCAUCCUUCCUCGAGGGAGCUUGCUUUGUCCUCGGCUUUGACAUGCUCUCAAAUGCAUCGCGGCGCGCAAUUCAUCUCCCAUAUAUGCAGAAAGCCGUUGAAUGCCUCUUGGCAAUGAAGCCCAAGCAAGCCAAACCCCUCCCACAAAUUCACAACAUCUUCGGAGAAACUCGUUGCGCUGGAGCAACCGCCGUGCUAGAAAUACCAUUCCAGCCUUUGCUUCUUGUCAUCGGCUAUGGGGAAAUCGGCAGCGUCCGUGACUGA